CUUUGGAAAGCUCUUCGCGGGGGUCGCCUCUUCCUUAGAAGAUCCUUUCAUGGUGGAGGUGUUCAAACUCUACAGACACUGAACUGGACCUAGGACAUUUUUGCGCGCGACAACUUUUUAGCGGGUCCUUUUCGGCGGGGUGACCAGGGGUCCCCUGAAGGUUGGAGAUCGAAUGAAGAUGCGUCCGAGGCAGGCGGACAGAGAUUUCCAUUCGUUCUCACGUUAAGGUAAAUACCUAGGUACCUCUGUAGGUACCUCAGGUACAUUCGUUUUCAGAACAAGGCGAAAAUAAAUAAGAAGCCGCUCAAAGUACUACCUGCAUUGUUGUCUGUAAUCUGCCGUAGUUUGAAGUGCUCAGUACAGAACAGACACUCAACCCUAAAUUCACGUCAUUUGUCUACAGGUACUGCGGGGACACCUAUUACUGCGGGGCAAAACCCGUCGAAACGCCCUGCGUCCCAGGUACCUCUAGGCACAGGAUAGCGACCGUAAACUCCGCAUUGUUCAAAGGAGGCUGUCCAACAACGCUUCUCGACAACCCAUGCUCACAACUCGAAGCAAUGGGUCGCGUAACAAAUGAAGAGUUCUUCAUCAAGCUCGCGGAGCUCUUCGCCGCGCGCAAGGGGGAUGACCACGGCCAGAUACACCUGACCCAAAAACGACUAUCCCAUGAUAUCGCCCCGCAAUCAUCCGACCCCGACGCCGACCUGCACCCGGAGAAGCCGCUACCGAUCGUGGUGCGCGCCAGCAACGGCAAGGGCAGAGGAGCCAAGAAGGAGAAGCUGAGCCUCGCGACCACGGUCGACCCGGAAGGUCUGGACGCCUUCUACGCUAGGUACGCCGAGGUCUGCAAGGCCGGCAUGGUGGCGCUCAAGCCCAGGGACAAGAGCAAGAAGAAGGCCAAGGCGAAGAAGAGGAAAGGUGGCGCUGUUGCUGGAAAGCCAUGAAGUUCAGCAGUUGACUUUGUUGGGCUUUUUGUUAAAAUAAAAUAAAAACAUAACAUGGCGUUUUAAGGCAUUGCUACAGGUUACGCGCA